GUAGAGGUGCGACAACUGCGCGGCUUUACUGGUCAAACUCACAAAAAUCGGUUCACAGAUUAUACACUGUGGGUGGGAAACGUUGUGUGCACAAAUUACUUUAUUGCGUUUCACGUUAUGUUGGGCACAGAUUAUAGAUAUUCUGAGAAAAAAGAAGGGGCGCUAUUUUUCUGAAAAAAAUUGAAAUUAUUGUUUUGGCGUAUUUUCGAUGCAUACUACACCAAAACUUCGUUCAAAACCUAAAUUUCAUAUUUCCGAUGAACGCGCGUGCGGGUAUACUUUAAUAUCACAGAUAAAAGAAUUGUCUUGCUCCUCAGUUUUCGGUGUUUACGUUUGGGGUUAAGAUAUUGUGCCGUGUUUUGGAUAUUUUGUUAUUUUCUUCUUUUUUUUUUUAAUUAGUAGACAAACUGGUGAAUGUGUACUUUCCUGUUUGCAGUUUAUUAAAAAUCGCCUCUUCUUUUUUUUCUUCUUCCUUCUCCUCGAUAAUUAUUUUAAAUAUAACCAACCAAACCUAAAUUAACCAACUUAACAACUAAGAAUUAAAAAUAAAUUUGUUGACAAAAUAAAUAAGAACUAAAAGUUCAGAUUUUCACGAAAUUAUAUAUAUUCACAAGACAUUUGUUUCGACAACUGGUGAAACUUUGAAAACUCUUGUUUAGUGUUUAAAUGAAAGCAACAUCGUACAUAGAUUUCCAAUUUCCUGCCGGUUUUAAGUAUUUUUCUGUUUGCUGUUUAAUAAAAAUUGCCUCAUUUUUCUUUCAUUUCCUUUCUUUUCAUCGGCAAUUAUUUUAAAUAUAACCAACCAAACCUAAAUUAACCAAAUUAACAACUAACAAUUAAAAAUAAAUUUCUUGGUUGGUUGGUUUGGUUCCACACCUAUUAUUCAUAUGUAUAUAUUGUUUAUUGUUUGUAAUUAUUAUUAAUUAGUAUCUAUUAAACUAUAGGAUGAUUAGUUUUGGUUAGUUUCAGUUAGUUUCGGUUGGUUUUGCUUAGUUUUGUUUAGUUUUAAGAAAAAAAUAACUUUUAUGUUUUCUAUUUUCUAUCCAAUAUGCGGACGUGGAACAUAUUUUCGAGUGUGACGAGUGCCUAGCAAAAUGACAAUAAAAUGUCCACGGCGGCCUCAAUAAAGCGAUGGAGACGCGUACGCAGCCGAAGAAACGCACCUCCAAUUUCCGCGAAGACGAGACCAAACUGCUCAUCCAGCUGUGGGGCAGUCCGCAGGUUCAGAACAAACUUUACCUGACCCACAGGAAAGCCCCCGUGAUGCGCCUGAUAGCUGCGAACAUGCAGAAGCAUGGCUUCCAUCGCACUCCUGACGAGAUUAAGACGAGGAUCAGGAACCUCAAGUGCUUGUACCACCGGAUUAAGAAGUCGACAACCACGGGUACCGGGAUAGGCACGGUCGACCCAGACUGGCCCCAUUACAAAGCGAUGGACGAGAUUCUGAGCAAGAAGAACGUGCGCAGGCACGAGCUCCUCUACAAGGAGCAGCUGUUCGGUGACGGCGAGGUCACCAUCAAGCAGGAAAUUGAUGACGUCGAAUUCAACGACGAGCUAGAGUCCUAUACGUCGAACAGUAACGCGUCCGACGACGAGUUCGACGAGUGUCAGCGCGAGCCGCUUACUCCCACUCCGCUGGUCGUGUUGGAGGAGGGGGACCAGGAGAAGAUGAAACCGGUGAAGAUUGCGCCGAAACCGAUAGCAGCGCCGCCGCCGGCGGUGGCGUUCCCCAAUAUCCAGCUGCAGUCGGCGCAAGGCGGCGGCGGCGGCGCUGCGGUCGCGCAGAAGUCCGGCAACGCCGCGCCGACGAUACCUUUUCCGUUGCUGAUUUUGAACGGCGUACCGCACGGCACCGGACCCAACCAAAACGGAUCUGCGGGAGGCCCGGCCAAAGCGGUCCCAAUCUCUGCGGGUUCCCCAUUCAAUAACGCAGAGACGGCGAGGGUUCUACGCGAUCUGCUGGAGGUCCAAAAGGAAAACCUCGAACUCGAAAGGGAACGCCUCGAGGUCGAGAAACAAAAACUCGAGUUCGAACGCGUGGUGGGGUCGCAGCUGUUGACUCUCAUACCGAUGUUCGGCGCCAUAUUGCAGCGAAUGCCGUUCGCGCCUGACAAGGCCGACGAGCAGCCGAAGAAGAACGGGCUGAAACACUCCGACGCGCUGGAGGUAUUCAAAGACAGCAAAAUCCUGAAGGAGCUGCUCGAGAACGGCCUGCGGAAGUACCUGGACGAGGAAAGGGCGACCAAGGUCGUCCAGGACGCGGGAACAAACGCGUAGGUCCCAGCGCCGCCAUUAGUCCUGAUUUACACAUUCCAAAUUUUGUGAUUGUAUCUUAAGCAUCGUUUAUUUAUUUAAUUUAUUUCGUAUUGUUUCGUUGUUUUCCG